GAAACAUUAAAGUAACGGUAUUAAAAUGCAUGCAUAGUCCAGCUUAUCAAAAAUAGUAAUAAAUCGUCCAACUAAUUACUUUGAACCUAAUUUAAAACUGAUUGUGUUGAUUUUAAUUAAUUGAUUGACAAAAUGAGCGACAAAGGGGAUGGAUCAGGUGAUAAUGUAAAUGCUGUCGUUCCUGAUAACGCUAACGUUGGUGCUAUAAGCCUAGGUCAAGGUGAAUGUUCUGUACGUGGAAGCGAUACUGGAGCUACUGGAGGAAGACUUUCGGAAGAAUAUGCUAUGAAAACAGAAAAUCGUGGUAUUGCUAUCAUUAUAAAUAAUGUAUUAUUUGACCCCGAAACAGAAAUGGAUGAACGAAAAGGGGGCGAAGUAGAUCAAGAAGCCUUAAAACAACGCUUUACAGAAUUAGAGUUUGAUGUGAGAGAGUACAGAGAUUUAACUGUUGCUAAAAUGGAAAAGUUAAUGAUAAAAUUUGCUGGUGAAAGCCAUAAAAAUAAUGAUUGUUUUAUGUGUGCCGUGUUGUCACAUGGUGACAAAGAAUAUGUAUAUGGUGCUGAUGGUGUUAGUAUUAGAACUGAAGACCUUAUUAAACCAUUUAAUGGUGAUAAUUGUCCCGAUUUAGCUGGAAAACCUAAAAUCUUCAUUAUACAGGCAUGUCGUGGUAGCAUGGUUGAUAAUGGUGUAGAAAUAUAUUCCGAUGACAAUGGAGGUCGUGAAACAUUCGAAAUUGCACAAAUAAUUCCAAUAGAGGCUGAUUUUCUAAAAGCUUUUUCGGUAGUAGAAGGUUAUGUUGCAUAUCGUAACACAGAAAAAGGCUCAUGGUUUGUACAAGCUAUUAGUGAAGUAUUCAGAAAAUAUGGUCAGAGAGAAGAUUUGAUUACAUUAAUGACUGAAGUAAACAGAUUAGUGGCCUAUGAGUUUGAAUUAAAAGCGGGUGAAAAAUAUGUGAAACAGAUGCCGUGUUUAACCUCUACCUUAACUAAAAAGGUGUAUUUUAAACCUAAAACAGGCUAUCCAGCUAACUAAAAUUAAGAAAUUAAUAAUAUGGGAAUUAAAAAAUUUAAUUAUAUAUAAUUAAAUAAAUGAUUUCUUUUGCACAUUUGACAAUUAAGAAACUUACUUGAGCGCCAUGGUUGAGAGUGGGGGAUCUUCACUCCCUAAGAAAAGUUUUAAAAUUAGGUUUGAUUCAUUGCAUCUGAAGCCAUUUCAAACAGUAUUUCAACAACGAUCGCCUCUUGAGUAGAUAUACAAAAAUUUAGGAAUUGAUAUAAAAAAAAAGGCCAGGUAUUCUCGAAACGAUCUUAGCGCUAGGAUGUCUAGAAGUUCUUAUCUUCUAACAUUGAUUCUAGGGCAUCUUAGCGCUAAGAUCGUUUCGCGAAUAAAUUGCCAGGUUUUUUUUAGGAAAAAUUUAGUAUGUUUUAGUUAUUUAGGGCUGCUAAGACAGCUUGCUAAAAAUUAAUCGAUAUAAUUAAACUAUUACAUCACAUUGAAAGCAAAUUAUUCAUCCAUUCAUUGAAUUUCAGAAGAUUUUUAUUAUUAAAGAUUUUUGUAAUUUU